AUUUAAAGGGAGUUACCUUGUGGGUUUUUGCAAUAAAGGCAAUCAUGCAGAAAGUCACAGUGCAGUGAUAGUGAAUCAGUAAUACUUUCUCUCAGUCUGUGCUCAGUGUGAUAAUUUAAAUCAUGUUGCCUGGAGUAGCUAGAAAGAUAGCCAUUCCAUUCAUCCUGCUCUCUGUAGCGGGCCUCGUCCUUUUUGGUGUGGGAUUUGGCAUCAGAAACUUCAGAUACAAGGAGCAGUCGGACCAGACUCUUCCCCCCUUUAGUUCACUGGACCAUGCAGCCAAACCUGAGUUUUUUUUAUUCUGGGCAUUUGCAGCUGGAGCAGUACUCGUCUAUGUGCUCAGCUUUGUGCACACUUUCUUGGAAAACAAAGUUGUUAAACUACUGCUGAACAUCUUCCUGCCCGUGUUUCUGCUCGGAGGUGGUGGGGUGCUGCUAGUGAAUGGGCUUACCAUCUACCAUUAUUAUCAAGCACAGAACAAUGCUACCAUCCUGUUUUACUGUACUGAUAUCUAUCGAUCUGCUUCAUCUGCUCUAUCUGCUCUAACUGGCUUUCUACCACCUGACAUCCACGGGGCUGAGAACUACGUCUCUAUUGAGUUUGCAGGAGUGAUCGUGGCUCUAGGAUUUUAUUGGAUCUUCAUGAUGAUAAGCUCGUUCUUUAUAUCAGCCAAGAAAGUAUACGCCUAAUUUAAUUUAAAGAACUCUCUUCAUGCAUGAAUACAGCUGCCUAACUAUAUAUAAUUAUAGUCAAUCAUACGUGAACUUGUGUACAAUGCAAAUUCCCAUGAUACAUUUUUCAGUGAUAUUUUGUUAUUUGUUAUAA